AUGGCUUCCCCCGGACCUAAAGAGGCGGCUCUAGCAUCUACCCUAAACAAGUCUUCAUUGUCCACAGCAAUUCCGGAACCUCUAAUCAAUGACGCGAGUCGACCCCAGUCAACAGCGCCUCCAGCGCUAGCCCGCGCAGACUCCGUGAAACUCGAAGACUCCCCAGCUCCGUCCCGACCCGAGUCCGCCGAAGCAGAGACCCCCCAAGCAGACGAUGACAGCAGAAAAGGUAUAUCGACAGCUGGGCGCAAGCGCAAGCUGAACAGUAUCUCUGCUCGCGGCGUGGCGAACCUCACGCCCGAUCAGUUGGCGAAGAAGCGUGCCAAUGACCGGCAGGCGCAGCGGGCCAUUAGGGAACGGACCAAGACCCAUAUUGAUGCUCUGGAGCAGCAGGUGCGCGAUUUGUCGUCGCAGAAGCCGAUCUUGGAUUUGCAGGCUGCGGUGAAGAGGUAUGAGGCAAUACAAGAAGAAAAUAAAGAGUUAAGGCAGAGGUUACAGGCUGUGAUGGAUAUUAUCCAGCCGCUGGGGAAACGGGAACCUACAUCGAACGGUCCAACAGCUGCUCCCAAUGCUCAAACCCAACUCGUCCCGCCUCCGUCGAACCCAUCGCCGCCCCUUGACAAUAAUCGAUCCACUCCCAACAGCCAGAAGUCAGCAACAGCAGAUCAAUCGUAUCCAGAAUCGCUUGCAAGCUUAGGAACACCGUCGCCAACACACUCAGCGCCCACGCUGGGCGGUGCUCGCAUGAGCAGCGUUGACGGGAGCGCUUCGUUUCGCGUUGCUCUAGAUUACCAACGACAUAAUUUGACGCACGGACUUGAUUUUAGCACCGAUGAGCGACUGGGAUUCAACUUCUUGCUCGAACCCUCGAAGACAGUCUCGAAGGUGGACAAUCUCAGACAGGCUACGCAAGUGGAUCAACUUCCAAUCUACACGCCACCAGUCAAUCCCGCUGUGACUGACCGACCUCCUCCUGCCUACUUGACAUUGGUCAGAAAUUCCGCGCCUACCUGUACGCUAGAUGCCGUCUUGCUGGAUUUCCUUCACACCCGACAGCAUGAGGCGGCCCAGGGGGUACCGAAGCAGAAUCUAGUCGGGCCUCCAUACCCGAGCGUGUCCUCGCUUCUGAAUCCGGAGAAGAGCAUGUACUCGCACCCAGUUUCGAAAGUCUUCACCGAUAUUCUACGGACGUUUCCUAAUAUCGCCUCGCUCCCGGAGCAAGUCGCUGUCCUGUAUCUGAUGUUCCUCCUGAUGCGGUGGCAAAUCUACCCAACGGCAGAGAACUACGAUCGAAUGCCCGACUGGCUGACGCCUCGACCCUCGCAGCUUCUCACACCGCACCCUCCCUGGAUAGACUACCUACCGUGGCCGCGGAUGCGGGACCGUCUCGUGAUGAGACACCAGGGAUAUGUGUUCGAGAACUGGUUCGUGCCGUUCACGGAGACAUUAUCGGUGAAUUGGCCGUACGAAGCUACAGACUGUUUACUGUCGACUAAUGAAUGCGAUGAGCUGCUCGUUAACCCGGUGUUUGAGAGGCACUUCCGCAAUCUGGAGAAUUGGUCUCUGGGGCCUGCUUUUGCGGAGGCGUAUCCGGAGAUGGUUGAGAUGACUAAGAUCAAGGUUCCGUGGCAGACGCCGUGA